AUGUUGGGCUUCGACUGGUCCUCCCAGAAGGGUGCAACCUCUGAGGUUGAUGCCCGAUAUGACUUCAAUUCAGAACUACCUACCCCGGACAUCUUGGCUCCCCGUGGCGCAGUACCAACGAUCGCGAACCAAGAACCGGGUCCCUGGAUCCCGAGCACUCAAGACGGAAGCACCCAUGCAAGCAGUCAAGCGAACGAGGAAAAGACCGUCGCCAACAUCGACCAUGGCUGGAGACCCUGGCUCGUCGUGAUCGGGUGUUUUUGCCUGAUUGUUCCCUCCUACGGGCUACUCAGCAGCAUCGGGCUCUUUCAGACCGAAUGGGAGCAACAUCAGCUUCGCGGAUACUCAAAGAGCGACAUUUCAUGGAUCAUCUCUGUCUUUGGUUUUCUCGACUGUUUCUUUGCCGCACCAUGCGGGAUCCUGUUCGAUCGCUUUGGGCCACGUUCACUCUUACUGGUAGGCAGUACGAUCUACGUUGCUUCCUUCAUUGGCUUGGCUUUCUCAACCACUUAUGGUCAGUUCAUGGCCUGCUUCGUAGUGGCGGGCAUAUCAUGCGCUGCCCCCACGACGGUAGGGUUCACUGUGGUCAGCCAGUGGUUCAAGAUACGAGAAGGUCUUGCCACAGGGUGUGUCACAGUCGGCUCUGCGGUUGGAGGAAUCUUUUUCUCCCUUGUCCUCCAAGAGCUCUUCAAUAGAUAUGAGUGGAGGACAGGCGUUCUCAUUCUUGCCGGCAUCAUAAUGGUCUUCAUGAUCAUUGGGAAUUUUCUUGUUGAGCGGAACGAGUCACAACCAACCGGCGCAAAGACUGAAGACAGUUGGGACUUUACGGCGAUCAGGGAUAUGAUUAUAUCCCCGAAAUUCUGGCUAGUUUGCUUCAGCAUUUUUGCAUAUGAAAUGGUUUUGUUCAGCCAGUGGGGAUCGAUUCCCUCAUACGCCGUCUCUACUAACUUUGGCGACAAACAGUUCUACCUCAUGACGACUUACAACUUGUAA